CUCCGGGCUCUCGGCUCUCCGGGAGGUCGUGACGUCAGGCGAGCCCAGUCUCCUCACUCGCUCCUUGGCAGGUGCGGCGCCACUUGUGCGGUCUCCUCAGGUUCCAGCGGGUCCCGGCCGAACCAGUGCUCAGCGGGUUCGUAAAGAGGUGUACUCUGCAGGUCCCUGAUGAACCAAGGGAACCCUCCGCCGUAUCCGGGCCCUGGUCCUACGGCCCCAUAUCCCCCUUAUCCAUCACAACCGAUGGGGCCUGGAGUCUACCCUCCAGGACCUCCAGGGGGACCCUACCCACCUCCUCAGGGCGGGUACCCCUACCAAGGAUACCCACAGUACGGCUGGCAGGGCGGACCUCAGGAGCCUCCUAAAACCACAGUAUACGUGGUGGAAGACCAAAGAAGGGAUGACCUGGGCACAUCCACCUGCCUCACAGCCUGCUGGACAGCCCUCUGUUGCUGCUGUCUCUGGGACAUGCUCACCUGACCAGCCCGGCUCUCCUGUCCUGCCAGCUCUGCCACCACUGCGCACGAGUGUGCCUGCCCCGCCUCUUCUGAUUGCUGAAAUCAAUGACUAGCUCUGCACAGACAUUUCUACCUUCAACCCAGUGGGAUUCUAGAUUAGCAGGGGUUGCUGCUGUUUAUUUCAAUGACUUGAUCUUUUUAAUGUUCAAAUCCAUUCUUAUUGGCCUUUCACAAAUGUGCUAAAUGACUUUCCUCUUUAUUUUUUUGGCCAAAGGCUUAGUUAUAAAAUAUAUAAUUUUAAAAUUAUAUUCAAGUUUGAUGUAAUAUACCACUGAAUGAUUUCUCUGCUCACAUCCUGUAUGUUUCAAUAAAUUUGUCUAAGUCUCAA